GCCCCACACAGUCCCACGACUCCCACCCCUUAUUGCACUUCUUUUGUCUCCACUUAUAUAAUGUAAUAACACAAGAAAGGAGAAGAAUAAGGGCACCUCUCCCCCCUCUGCCCCAAACCUCCCCUGCCAUGGAAAAACCUCAUAUCACUUUCAAUUGUGCUUCCAAUUUAGCAGAAUCCGAGGAUCAAAAGAAGGGAAAGGUAGAGGGAGAAAUCAAAGACAGCGAAAAUGACGGGAAGCAUCCGAUGUAUCGGGGAGUCCGGAGACGUCAGUGGGGGAAAUGGGUGUCUGAGAUUAGAGAACCAAGGAAGAAAUCAAGAAUUUGGCUCGGAACAUUUCCUACGGCUGAAAUGGCGGCUCGAGCUCACGACGUAGCGGCUCUGGCUAUCAAGGGUCGUUCGGCUUACCUCAAUUUCCCGGAACUAGCUCAGGAGCUUCCACGUCCGGCUAGCGUCUCUAGGAAGGAUAUCCAAGCCGCCGCCACCAAAGCCGCCUCGCUGAAUUUCAAGAUAAGCCUUGAAGCCGAAGCUGAAGCCGAGCUGAUCAUGGCUCCUCAGUCCCCUGCCUCUACUACUGCUUCUGAUCAUGAUCAUGAUCAUGACACACAAGAAUUGUUAAGCUCAAAUGACGAUGCAUUCAUCGACUUGCCGGAUCUCUUCAGUGAACAAAUUAAGGUCUUUUGGGGCGCACAGCCAUGGCAAUUAGCAGAAGCCGAGCUGGAUUAUGCAGAAUCUCAGUACUAUCACUAUUAGAAAAGCUGGCUCAUAAUAUAAUACCUUAAUUAGUUUUUUUUUUUUCUGUAUAUUUGGACCAAAUAAAUGAGUGUGGGUAUUGAUUUAGGCCAAGGGUGUGUGGUUAUACCAUUUCUCACCCCAACUUGCACCUUGUGGAAGUAACAAGGGUGUAUCCAACCUACCAUCUAUAGUGAUAAGGACAUAAUGUCAAUGUAUAUGUAUAUGUAUAUGUAUAUGUAUACGUGUAUGUAUAUGUGUAUGUAUACGUGUAUGUAUAUGUGUAUGCUACAAGAACCUGUUAGAAUCAUAUGGUUUAUAGUCUAUUUAAGAAUCAUUGUUUAAUAAUGAGCAAUAUAGCUAUAUGUAUAUAUAGCUAAAAAUUGUAUUUUUUUGGACCCA